AUGUCAAGUCCAAUACCUAGGGUCUACUCCCUAGGGAAUUCUCCCAUGUCAUAUUUACUAGCAUUAAGAAUUGCACAACUCCCGAGUCAACCUAAAGUUCCCUUAGUUGUCCUUCUCUUGAACGAUCAGAAGAAAUUGAAUAGGUUUCUUGACAAUGACUCCAAAAUUAUUGUCAAAUCGAAUAAUAAUAAUAAAGAAAUUCAUCACAGACAGUUUAUGGCAUCAUGUGUUCCGCCUAUUCUAAACAAUGGUGAAAUUGCCCCGAUUGAAAAUCUAAUAAUUUCUGAUAAAUCUUCAAAGUUCAUAACCGCCCAACUUUCGAAAUAUAGUAAAUCUUUGACACCUGAGACCAACAUUUUACUUUUGAAUCCAAGUUUAAAUUUACUAGAAUAUAUGCAUAGAUACCGAUGGCGGUCUGCGCAAACGAGACCAAACUUGUUCAUGGGGUUUACAUCACCAGUUGAGGUUGGUACUAUCCAUCAAGAAUUUCAGUUAUCAAUUGACACAAAAAAAAGAAUACAGUUUCAUUUGGCUAAGAUUGAUGAUUUUCCUUCAUUGGGCGGCGCUGGUCGCAAUACAGAUCUUCCUCUGAUCGGCGACAGACCUACAAAUGAAAAGGAAACCCCAUUUAAUAAGCUGUUUAAAGAAAUGGCCAAACUGCGGCCCAGGAUUGGUUCGAGAUUGAUCAAUUUUGAUUUGCAUGUUCAUAGUUUUCACGAUUUGUUCUUCGUCGCAUUAGAAAACUUGAUGUUGGAAAGUUCCAUUGAGCCACUACUAGCAGUGUAUGAUUGUACAUACAAAAAGGAGCUGCUAAAAAUAGCCGGGGCACAAGAUACAAUUCACAAGUUAAUAAAUGAACAAUUAUUUGUCAUUGAUCAAUCCUACCCAUCAUUAAAGAAUUAUCCAAACUACUCUAUUAUUUUCGAAAAAGAAAGAAUAUUCAACUUAAUCAUGAGAGACUUGAAAGUGAACGGAAACAAGCGCGCCAAAUUGGCUCGAUCUUUGGAGCAAUUGAAUCAUACAAAUAUUGACGAACUUAACGGAUAUUUUGUUGCACUUGCCAAGUACAAAAAAUGUGAUUGCAGGUGGAACGAAAUGAUUUUGACUUUAGUCAAAGGGAAGCAGUCAAUUACCAAGCAAAAAGCAUUAGAUUAUCAUUAUUUGUAA